GCAAUUUUCACAAAAUUUGAACCAAGACCAUGUAUUGUAGACACUAUAGACAGGGUAUAAUGUACCUUGAGCUAUAAUGAGUCUACUUAUCCAGUCCUAAAAAGGUCCUUAGAUGGUCCUAUUCUGCUUUGGACCAAAAUUUUUCUCCCCCUGCCAUCCUGGAGGUGUGGGUUGGGCUGAAAAACUUUAUUUUUGAAACAUUUUUUUGGACAGCAAUCAUUCAAAAAGAGGUAUAUUUACAAGUAUAUUGGAUAUUUGAGUCAAUUGUUGUCAUUGCAUAAUAAAGGGUGGUGAAGAAUGACAAUAUACUACACAAUUUGAUUGGUCAAGUACAAACGAGCAUCAGGUGUGGUAGAAACAUCAGUAAAUAAACCUUACUUAGGAAUGAUAAGGAGUGGUAAGGAGUGGUGGCUGCAAUUAGUGAACAUGCAUACAGUAUUGUAACUGGAGCUAUGGCAAGUCUACACAUCAAAGGCCCUUCACUGGUUUCUGCAUAUUACAUACCUUGUGGCUUCUAUGAUGAUAUAAAAGUGUGACGGUAGAUAAUAAGAGCUGAAUUCAUCGUAUUAGAGAAAUAACUAAAACCAGUAAAAUGGGAUCAGGAUUGUUGACAGUAAUUAUACUAGUUAUACUGAGUACAUGUUAUACUCCAAAUGGACUAUCACUCACUGAUUUCUAUCUUUAUGGCACAGAACAUGGGGACAACAUGAUGACUGUAGACAGCCUCCCCGCAGCACCAUUACUGGCUCCAAUUGAUAAUUUGGUUAUACUUGGUCCAGCUGGAAUUACAGCAACAAUAUAUCAAGCUAGAAGCAAUGGGUACCUGCAAAUUCAGAAUAAUGCAGAUAGCAUCUUUUUAUUUUUACUCUUCGCUUCAGGUAAUUUUGGCGAAACUAAAGUAUUUGGUAGGACUACUAAUGACCCAGCAUUGAUCAAGAGAGCAAUGGGUCAGAUUAAUGAAGCAUUCCCUAAUACUUUCUGCAGUACAUCACCUCCUACACAAUUAAUAAUAGCAACUUGGAUAGAUUAUCUAAAAUAUCACUCAAACCCAGGCAGUAAUUUUCAGACAGUAAUUGUCACUAAUGGACAUCUUACAUUUGGCAUUUUUCUAUAUGUUGAUGUACACAUUACAGCAGCUGAUACUGGAAUAGCUUCACUGAUUAAUGGCAAUUAUGUAGAAUCUGAUCCUUCUAUCUUUCCAUUUAAUACUACUGUCACAAAUGCUCCUAGCAUGAUGCUCAAUAGUAACAUACCAGGGACAUAUAUACUUUCACUCACUGAUCCACCACCAGAUCCACCUAACUGCCUUGCUAUGUGUAAAGCCAAACUCCCUGAAAAGACAUGCAAGGCUAUAAGGAAUAUGGUCUAGAUGUACCAACUUCUUGUAACAAUUGCAAUUGAUAACAUUCAGUUUAUUUUAUUUUGUUUUGUUUUUGUACAUCAUCAGGCAUUUCUUAGUAGAGACAAUUGUUAUUUUAUCGUGACCAUUAA